CAGAGAAAGGGUCCUACUCCCCUCGAGCCUUAAUAUUAUCUUCAUCAUAUUCUUCUUUUGCAGCCCAAGCCGAAGCUUUAUUUUCUCAAAAGUUACUUCUCGUUAACUUCAAUAGGAGCUACUCCCGAAUAAAGUGCGCGCGCUUAGGAUCGCAGCCGGGGCGCUGUCUUUAUGCUUAAGCGUAACCGCUAGGAGGAGCUGCGCUACAAAACUAUAUUAUCAACGCUUCAUACUCUUAUUUUUUUUGUUUUGACCGCGUGCGAAGCGAAGUAGUUUGGAUCUUGGGAGUCACCGUAGUAGAGUGGCCAUGGCAUUGAGCUCGGAGCCCAUGUCGGAGCGCUCGGUGCAGUUAGCGGUGCUGUUGGCCUUCGCCUCGGGAGUUUUGGUGGGCUGGCAGGCGAACAGAGUGCGAAGGCGUUACCUGGACUGGCGGAAGAAGCGGCUGCAGGACCAGCUGACGGCCACUCAGAAGAAGCUGGACUUGGCAUGAGCCGGCCCAGGAACAAAUGGAAGCCACAACAAACACUUGGAUGAAAUCUGGAAUUUAAAAGCAUAUUUAAUGGACUUCUUAAUAAUGUUCUUGCACACACGCUCAUUCUGAAAAAAAAGACAUUGAUGGAGUUAUCUUUGUUAUUUCAUUCAAUAAGAUUGGAAUCUGUGAAAAAGCUGAACAUGUAUGGAAGAAUGGCAUCAAAACAAAUGUUGAUUUGUGCUAUAUGCUUUGAUGUUGUCAACUUGUUGUGCCAAGUUUGGAAGAACUGAUAUAUUUUAUUGUCUGACACUUGAACUGUGAUGACUGAAUCUUGCUGACAAGGCUCUGCAUAUGACUAAAUAAAAAAACCUUUAUUUUAACAAGUA